CCUUUGCCUGCCUGAGGCCUCCUCUUGGGUGACUUCCAGGCUCCAGACAUGGAGCUUCCUAAAACUUGUGCCUCUGCUGUGCUUUUGGUGCUGUCUGCUCUGGGGGCCUGUGCCAUGGACACCUAUGUUGCAGCUGUCUAUGAGCACAACGUGGUCUUGUCAGAGGACACUGAAGUGCCAGUUUCUUCUGAGGAGGCCUUGAUGCUGAUGGAGAAAAAUAUCGCAAUUUUGGAAGCAGCUGUCAAGGAAGCAGCCAGACAGGGUGCCAAUAUCAUUGUGACUCCUGAAGACGGCAUUUACGGAUGGGUCUUCACAAGGGAAACAAUAUACCCUUAUCUUGAGGAUAUCCCAGACCCACAGGUGGACUGGAUUCCGUGUGCUCAUCCUGGAAGGUUUGCUCCCUCACCUGUGCUGGAAAGACUGAGCUGUCUGGCGAGGAGUAACUCUAUCUAUGUGGUUGCAAAUAUGGGGGACAAGAAACCAUGUAAUUCCAGUGAUCCGAGGUGCCCAAGUGAUGGCCACUAUCAGUACAAUACCAAUGUAGUCUUUGACUCAGAAGGGAAACUGGUGGCUCGUUAUCACAAGUACAACCUUUUUGUGACAGAGAAACAGUUUAAUUACCCCAAGGAUCCAGGAUUUGUGACUUUCAACACAUCCUUUGGCUACUUUGGCAUUUUCACUUGUGCAGACAUACUCUACCAUGACCCAGCUGUGGUCUUGGCAAGCAGAUUUCAGGUUGACACCAUUCUGUUCCCAACUGCUUGGGUGAACACCCUUCCACUGUUAUCAGCAGUCCAGUUCCAUUCCGCGUGGGCCAUGGGAAUGGGCGUCAACUUCCUUUCAGCAAAUACGCACAACUCCACUUUAGAUAUGACAGGGAGUGGUAUUUAUGCCCCAGAUGGUCCAAAAGCAUAUUACUACAGUACUGAAAUGGAUAAUGGUCACCUUUUGGUGACAGAACUGAGUUCACGCCCACGUCUCUCUCCCGACUAUCCUGCUGCUGUUAACUGGACAUUGUACGCCAGCCAGACCAAACAGCUUCCAUCAAAUAAACACUCUUUCAGUGGGGUCGUUUACCAUGAUCUCUUCUCCUUUACGGAACUCACUGAAUCUGAGGGAAAUUGUGCCAUUUGCCAGCCCGACCUCUGUUGCCAUCUGAGUUACAAGAUGGUAGAGAAGCAGCAAGACGAAGUUUAUGUCCUGGGUGCCUUUGAUGGUCUACAUGUUGUUGAAGGAGAAUAUUAUUUGCAGAUCUGCACACUGCUCAAGUGCCCAAGCACAAACCUGAGCACGUGUGGGCAGCCCGUGGAGAUGGCUCAGACCAAGUUUGAGAUGUUCUCCCUCAGCGGCACGUUUGGCACCAGCUACGUCUUCCCAGAAGUGCUGUACAGUGGGGUGCAGCUGGCCCCUGGGGAGUUCGAGGUGCUAACUGAUGGACGUCUGAGAAGUCGGGCUCCUACAUCAAAGCCAGUUUUGAGUGUAACACUCUUUGGGAGGUGGUACGAAAAGGACCUUCCACACACACAUCAAGCUUCACCAUGAUUUCACUGCAGAUCCUUUAAGACUUCAUCUGCUUGUUUCUGUAAUGCUAAUUAAUCACAAAUAAUGGUAAUUAUUACUAACAAUGGUAAUUAAUACUAAUAUUCAUAUUAUAAUGGCAUUCUAUUUCUCAAGUUGCCUUAUCUAACAGCAUAGUCACUGCACAUUGAUUUAUUGACUUGAUUCUGCAGCAAAAAGAAAUAUUCCACUGGACUCUUGUGUAUGUGUUUUUAUAUGAUAGCUUUGGUCAGCAUAAGCUUGGCCUUAACACUGGGAACCAUAGAAAAUAAAUUCCUCUGACUUUA